ACAUAUCGAACACUAGCUUUGGUAAUUCCCGCACGAUUGCAACGCUGACCUCUACAGAAUUAUCUCAUUGCUAUAUAGAGUAUAUAGACGAGACACGUAAAGUAUAAAUAGCGAGUCUCCCCGAUUGCAUUGAUAUAGUCAAGAAAGUAAAAUGGGAUUGAGUGGCACUCUGAUAAUAUUAGGGCUGAUUGCCAGCGGCAUUUAUGCGCAAAACCCUGAAGUGCAGAUUGGAGGAGGUGGCGGCAUAAUCCAACAAAAAGAUGGCUCAACCUAUUUGGCCAACGAAGCCGGACAGAUCUUUAGACGUCCUGAUGGUAAGAUUGUUUUGAUUGGUGCCAAUGGGCAACAACUUGUCACCGAUAGUGAUGACAGCGAUGAGGAUGACGAUGAUGACAGCCAUUCUAGCCAUUCUAGUUCUGAGUUUAACAAUGUUGUCAUUAAUGGCGGCGACGGCGGUGGUACCAGCUUCUAUCAGACCGGAGGCAAAAGCUAUAUGUUUGUAACGGCUCAAGAGAAUUCCUAUAUCAAUAGUAAUGGACAUUCUCUGAAAGUAAUCAAUGGUGGGCUUCAGUUGGAGGAGGGUGGCAAACAAUAUACAUUCUUGCCCCGUGCUGCCGAUGUCAAUCAAAAGGAAACUGUGGAUAUUAAUGGAAAACCAGCAACUGUUGAAUAUAGCGGUGGUAAUGUGAUUAUAGAACUUGCCGAUAAAACCUUAAUCGCCAAAUUGGGUAAUCGUAUCUUUGUGGGUGAUCGUGAUGGUUUUAAUAAUCGCGAUAAAUUGGAAUCAGAAAUUAAUCAACAGGCUCGAUUGGCUCGGGAAAAUGCUGUGCGUUUGCAACAACAAAUAUCGUUGCAGAUAAGCCAAACUAUGGAGAAAAUUCAACGCGAUCUUCAGCAAAGUUUGGGAAAAUUAGGCCUUUGAAUGGUGAUUGACACUAAAUAAUAUAUAUACAAUCACCUAUGCAUAUACAUAUAUAUAUAUCCUAUAUUCAUUAGCACAUUUCGAAUAAAGCAACUACAAAAAAAAACCAA